GAGGCGCUGAUCUGGAUUCCUCCUUUCCAGACGGUGAGCGAACAGAAAACUUAUCUCAAAGUGUCACCACACCCGAGCGCGGAUGUUCACGAUCGACACCUAAGCAUUUACGUGCAUAAACCGCAUAAGAGAGCUCCCGUUGAGCGAUCUAGCUAUGGCUACGCUCGGUAUAUUCCGCUCCACAAGAGCCUUCCGUCCACGACAAAGCUUUCAAAAAUGCCAAAUUGGUUUCAUAGAGCUACGACGAAAUCUCUCUUCCUACCUAGUCACACCCAAUGAGCUAGCAGAAGCCCUCAAGAAAAGCCCGCCAUCACCCAUUAGCACCGAACCUCGAGUUAUUCCCCUAUGCGCCGCUUGGUUUUUACCAAACGAUGAACGAAAAGGCAUUGAAGUCUUCCGAGAGAAGCGAAUACCAAAAGCUCGCUUCUUCGAUCUCGACAAGGUUAUCGACAAACGAAGCCCAUAUCCCCAUAUGCUUCCAAGUCCCAAGACAUUUGCCGAAGCGAUGAGUUCCCUUGGUAUCCGGAAGGAAGAUACAGUGGUUGUAUAUGAUUCAAAAGAGUUGGGUAUCUUUAGUGCGCCAAGAGUGGGCUGGACACUUAGAGUAUUCGGGCAUCCUAGGGUGCACCUCUUAAACAAUUUCAAGAUAUGGGUGGACGAAGGACAUCCUACAGAGUCUGGCGAGCUCUACAGUGUGGAGUGCAACCCGUACCCAAUCCCGAAACCAGACGAAGUUAAGGUCGCAAGCUUCGAAGAAGUGCGGGAGGUCGCCCAAGACUCUAACAAAGAAGGUGCGGAGGGCGUCCAGAUUAUUGAUGCAAGACCCAAUGGCAGAUUCACUGGCAAGGAUCCUGAGCCGAGAGAGGGUCUCUCUUCUGGCCACAUGCCGGGUUCCAUCAACAUCCCUUUUACUGCUGUUCUCGACUCUAAGACGAAAGCAUUCUUGCCGAAGGAGCAGUUACAAAAGUUGUUCAAGGAAAAGGGAGUGGAUCCAUCAAAGCCCAUCAUCUCAACUUGCGGUACUGGAGUAACAGCCGUCGUCAUCGACACCGCUCUUGAAGUGGCGGGUUAUGGUACCCCUGAGACCCGAAGAGUCUACGAUGGUAGCUGGACUGAGUGGGCACAGCGAGUCAGUACUUCAGAUUCGUUAAUUCGCAAGGAUGAAUAGGAGGUAGUGGUGUAAAUCGGAGAGAGGAUGACGAUGAGAUACCCUCCUUUUUCAGGACUUCGUUGUGCUUUUGUCGAUUUAAAUGCCUACGUCCUUCACGCAUACUUCCUCAUCCCGCGUAUCGUGCAUCGUUUGCAUCAAACAUCCAUGAUUGUUACAUGGUUUACUCCACUUAGUGUUGGGACAGUCAGUUUGGUCCAGGAUUAUUCUCAGGUACCAAAAUUCUAAUCCCUAUUGUGUAAAUAUGACCUAGACCGUUACGGUGCAGCCGCGAGGUAUUCACGGCUACGGCACCAUGGGACUAGGCCCCGAACUCUGCAUAGGCGUAUUACGUUAAUGUACAAAUAAUGAACAUCGAUGUAUGUAUUUCCAUGAUUGCGGUACGUAUGAGUCGUAA